AUGGCCGCGGCGGCGAGCCUGCGAUCUCAAGCCGCGUGCGAUCUCACUCACCGCGGCGACGCUUUGGAGACAAAGCAUCUGGUGACUCUCGCACCAGCGCCGCCGCGGUUGUGUGCGCUCGCGUGCGGUGACCAGGACAUUGGGCGGCUAGGGACAUCGCCUGGCCACCGCUCAAAUAUCUCCAACAAGCUAGUGGCUCAUGAAAUGUGUUAUAGGAAAUGGUGGAUUGCGUCGAGUACCGCCCCAUUGGUGGCUGGCACGUUUGGACCCAUAGCAAUUCUUUUUGAUGCUUGCGCUUUAGUCCAGACGUGGAGGAUUGACCGUUUCACCGGAGCUGGUCGCAAUGAACUCGCUGUCUUGGCCCUUUCUGUCCUUGCGAGCAUCCUCCUACUCCUCAACUUUGCACGGAGAGUCCCAUAUAGACCUGGUAUUUGUGCAACCAUCGCGUUAUGGUAUACUUCCUCCCUUCUUCUCCUCGUACCAGUCGGACUCUAUCGGUCAACCCUCAUCGACAAGGCUGUCCAAAUACAAUCUCAAUCGUACUACUACGGCCUGAUAGCAGGUGCCAUCUACGCAACCCUGGGCACGCUCCUCGUCUAUCACCUGGUCGGUUCGACAAACCUAUCGACAUUCGGGUGGAAGGCAAGAUACGAGCCUAGUCUAGGCAUGCUGACGGUGUCUCAGCGGACAAUCAUGGUUCAAACGACCAUUUUCUCGCUGUAUCUGGCGCUGGUAGCGGGGGUCUACGCCGCCCUAGAAGGAUGGAACUUCCUCGACGCGAUCUAUUGGGCCGACAAUACCCUCCUGACGAUUGCCUACGGAAUCGACUUCGCCCCUGUUACGAUGGCUGGUAAAAUGAUGCUGAUCCCAUUCUCCCUGGUUGGGUUUGUAACCCUCGGUCUGGUGAUCAACAGCGUCGUAGGUGUCCUCGUCGAGCGCGGUCGCGACAAGCGUCGCUCGCGGACCCUCAUGAAGAAACGUGAGCAGUGGGAGAAACAAUUCGCAAAGAGAGCUCAAAAGUCGAAGGGGAAGGAUGGCCAGGAAGACAAAGGUUGCAAAGGACAAUGCGACAAAUGGCUAGUGGAUGAAUUUCAUCUGAUGAGACACAUCGAAGAGUCGUCAUCCAGGACCGAGGAAUACAGUUCCAUUGCGGCUGCGAUCUUUGCGUUUGUUGUAGUCUGGAUUGGCGGAUCUUUGGUAUUCUGGAGAACUGAACAGAGCAACAUCGACUGGACAUACGCCAAUGCAUUCUAUUUCUCCUACACGACGAUCACCACAGUGGCGUUGGGCGACUACGUACCGACGUCAUCAGCAGGAAAGCCGUUCUUCGUCUUCUGGUCGCUCCUUGCAAUUCCCACUGUCACGACCCUUAUCAGCAGUAUCGGAGACACCAUUGACUCGACGGUGGAAUCGAUAACGACUGGGUUCUGGAAGAGAAUCGUCCUUCCCCAUCCCGGCCAUCGAAUUGGUAGACACCGAGACAAGGACACAGAAGAAGGGCCCCAGGACAAAGAAAAGGAGAAGGGUGAUGAUGGCUUUGACCACGCGCAAAGGGACGCCGAACAACAGGACUCGAGCGAUAGUCACUCUGUUGACAGUGUCGAGCGCCAGCAUCGACUUGCUCUGAAGUUGGCGAGGGAGAUCAUCAGGCUUGUUCACGACUUCACCAAGAACCCUUCCCAUGACCAUCGGUACUCCUGGGAGGAGUGGGCAGAGUGGAUAGAGAUUCUGGAAGGCUGCGAACUAUUGGAGGAGGAAGAGGAAUCUGGGCACCGACAGAACGGAAGGAAUAAGCGCCGUUCAGACUCCUCAUCGCAAUCCUCUUCGGGAAGCUCCUCGUCGCAGCCAUCUAGAAAGGUCCCGGAGGAGGAAGAGGAGGCGAGGACGUGGCUGUGGUUGAGUGACACGGGUCCCUUGUUUAGCGGAGAACCUGAACCUUUGUGGAUCCUCGAGAAGUUAUGCACCUUGUUGGAGGAAUCGUUAAGGCGCAGAGAGUAA